GUGUGCUUGGAGAAGAUGGAAGAUAUCCAGUUGGCCAUGGUAGUAGCCAGGCUGUACGAGGCUGACUAUGAGAGCAGUUCCACCUGCCAAUCCAUCCUGUAUGAGAAGGUUUUGGGCUGCCAGAGGGACGGGUCAGGGUACCACUGCACCAAACUACACCCGGACCCAUUCCUACGCAGCAUAGCCUUCUGGAUCAUGAAGGACUACACCAAGGCCCUGGACACACUGCUAGAGUGCAUCCCCAAAGAGGAUGAUGAGAACCCAGAUGUGAUGGUGAAGUCGUGUAACCCAGUGGUAUUUAGUUUCUAUAACUACCUGAGGACACACCCCUUGAUCAUCCGCCGCCACUACGCGUCCCCUGAGGGUGCUGUGACAUCAUCACUAGGCCUCACCUCGGAGAAGAGCAGCGUCGACGAGAUCAACCUCAUCGAACGCAAACUCUUCUUCACCACCGCCAACGCACACUUCAAGGUGGGCUGUCCAGUGCUUGCCCUGGAGGUGCUCUCUAAGAUCCCCAAGGUGACCAAGAAGUCAGUCUCCUCGUCCCCCCUAAAUAAAGGCUCUUCCAUGGCCAACGUCAGCUCUAGCCAGCCCCUGGAGAAUGGGAACCAGGGGGCCCUGGACUGGGCCUCUCCUUCCCCCAGUUAA